AUGCAUUACUUUAAUUUUCUUUUCUACUCCCACAUCCACUCAUUCUUGAAUUUAACUCUCCCUUUUUCCUCUCUUGCGCCUCACCAAAUCUCCUCUUCCUCCUCCUCUCUUGCGCCUCACCUCUUCCUCCUCCUCUCUUGCGCCUCACCUCUUCCUCCUCCUCUCUUGCGCCUCUCCUCUUCCUCCUCCUCUCUUGCGCCUCUCCUCUUCCUCCUCCUCUCUUGCGCCUCUCCUCUUCCUCCUCCUCUCUUGCGCCUCUCCUCUUCCUCCUCCUCUUGCGCCCCCCCUCCUCUUGCCCACCCCCUCCUCUUGCGCCCCUCCCUCCUCCUCUUGUUCGCCCCACUCCUCUUUGCUCCCCUCUCUUCCACCUCUCCCGCCCACCCCUCCUCUCGCCCACCCCUCCUCUUCGCCCCACCCCUCCUCUUGCGCCCCUCCCUCCUCCUCUUGCUCCCCCUCCCCUCCUCUCCUCUUCCACCCCCUCCUCUCGCCCCACCCCCUCUCCUCUUCCUCCACCCUACCCCCUCCUCUUCCUCCACCCCCCCUCUUCCUCUCUCUCUCUCUUGUUCUAUCCUCCUUUCCUCUAAUCCUCUCUCUCAAAUUCAACCUGAUUCUGGAUAA